AUGGCACCCACAUCAUCUAAGCGAAAAGCCGGCAAUGAGCUUGGCUCAUCACCACCGGCAAAGCGACGACAACUCAAGGAGACGAAAUCAACCCAAUCCGUGUCGCAUCAAUCAUCUUCAACAUCUCGAACCCCUUCCCUUACCCCACCCCGCCCCUCAUCCGCCUCGCUGGACGAGGGAGAUGUUGAGGAGCCUGAUGAACUUCUAUACCGCAUACAAUCCGGAAUUGAGUAUAUCGCCCAGCAGCGCCGUCGUGGUGAGGCCAUCGAGCAAACCACACGCUUCGAGAUCAACCUUGGUGGGGCAUUCUCCCAGGCUGCCUUGGACCUUCUCCGGCGCCAUGCCACACUCAUCUACUCAUCUCGACGCUUUGAAGUCUUUGAGCUGGGUGUACCUCGACCUAAUUGGGUCAAGGAGGGCGGCGUGCCCGGCGUUCAUGAUACUCAGUGGUGGAUUGGCAAGACAGCGGCCCAUAUCAAAGCUGGCCCAUUUGCAGAGGAGCAGGACGUGAAGAAGGCUGCAGCCAACUUGAAGGGGAUGCAGACAAGGAUGAAUAAAAAGAAGGAAAUGACAGCCCGUGAAAGAGAAGUGGAUGAGAAAUUAACGGAAGGGGUAAGGAGGCAAGAAGCGGGGCUGAAGAUGAGGGAGAGUGAUGACAGUGAGGAUAGCGAUGACAGUACGGAGAAUGACGACAGUACGGAGAAUGACGACAGUACGGAGAAUGACGACAGUACGGAGAAUGACGACAGUACGGGGAGCGAUGAGGAGGAGAAAGAGGAUCCGAAAGGUCAGCCAACUGCUGCUCCAAGGAAUUGGAGAUGGAGACCGAUAGUUGAGGAUAGUGAGGAGAGCGAUAAGGAGGAGAAGGAGGAGGAGAAGGAGGAGGAGAAGGAGGAGGAGAAGGAGGAGGAGAAGGAGGAGGAGGAGGAGAAGGAGGAGGAGAAGGAGGAGGAGGAGGAGGAGGAGGAGGAGGAGGAGGAGGAGGAGGAGGAGGAGGAGGAGAAGGAAGAUGACCAGAGAGUUCAGCCAACCGCGGUUCCAAGGGGAAGGAGGUGGAGGCCGGUGGUUGAGGACAGUGAGGAUGAAGAUGAGAACCAGCAAGAUCGUCCGAUCACUGCUCCAAAGCGGAGGAGACAGAGGCCGGUGGUUAAGAAUAGUGAGGAUGAGGAUCAACAAGAUCGUCCGAUCGCUGCUCCAAAGAGGCGGAGGUGGAUGCCAGUGGUUGAGGACAGUGAGGAUGAGAUGUGA